UCUUACUGAUUUCUAUAAUUUGAGAAUAAAGGGUUCUUUUGAAUUUUAUAAUAUGCUCACAUUUUACUAAUUAAAAUACUUAUUAUUGUUAUGAUUGCAGAUUAUAUUGAACAAAGAGUACAAACUAUACCUAACCUAUAUGAUAUCCGUAUAUUUCAACAAUCAUGUCUAGUUCACGAAAAUACAUCAUCGUUGAAUUUAGUGAUGGGCUACAAAUAGUUCCAAAAAACUGGAAAAUAAAUGAUUUGACAUUUUACUAUCCUGUUGGUUUAAAGAAUUCUAAAUUGUAUGACAAUUUGGUGUCAAAAAUGGCUGAUCCAAAUGUAAAAUGUAACAGCAAUUAUAAAUUUGUAUGGACACCACUUACAAUUAUUAAAAUAUAUGGAUCGGAUGAUGACUUCAUAAAUGCUAAACACAAAUUAAAAACGGCGGAAAAUUUCACUGAUAUUAAUACUGAUGAUGAUGUUAAAACACAAAGACGUACUCAUGCCAAAAAAAAAUAUUCAUCAAGUGACGAUGAGGUAUCACAAUCAUUUUUCGACUUGCCUUCUCAAAAAACUCAUGCAUCAAAUCUAAAAAAGAAAAAGAAUAAUGAGGAUAAUGACAACAAAAUAUUUACCCAAUCAAUGUUUAAUUCUUUUCCAACUCUUCAUAAUACCAUAGAGCGUGCCGAUAUUCUUCAGAAUGGAAUAUCCUCUGAUUUACAAACUUCCGAAAACCAUUUAUUUUCUCCUACAAUACACAACACAUCAGAAGAUAAUCAAUUAACAACUUCAACUCACGCAGUAGUAAUAAAAAGUCCUAUUAAAUCUACAAAUAUAACAAGUAACCAGUUGUCCAAUAAUUUUUUGUCUGAAGCUAUUGAUACUGAAUUUAUUAAUGAGAAUGAAUUUAUAAGAACAUCAACACAAAUUGAUAAAAUUAAAAUAACUCCUGUGAAAACUAUGACUAAUG